GUUACGGUUUCUCUUUUUUCUUCUUCACCAUCCUCUCCCUUUCUCGCAUUAUUCCCUGACAACAGCAGCGAUGGCGGAACCCGUGGCAUCGGACGCAAUAGCAACAGACGCAGCUCUUUCUCCGGCUGUAAGCCCGGGUUCGGAGCCUCCAUCCAUAGCGCUCUCUCCUUCUGCAGGCGGCUCCCAGCGGCUUCUUUUCUCCCACGAUUUGGUGUCAGGUCGGUAUCGUGACUUGGUCCGGUUCGGCCUAGUCAGAAUGAUACAAGGCGAGGAGGAGUUUGAUUCAGACUCGGACCUCGACGAUGGCGGAGGUAGAAGCGGUGGUGUUGGCGGUGGCGGGGGAGGCUGUAUCCCCUGUAACUCGGACACCGAGAGCAGUGUUGUGGACAGCCUGGCUCCUCUGGGAAGGGGUUUUGUCCGGGUGCAGUGGUACCCAGAAGGAGGGAAGCAAGACAUUCGGGAAACAAAGCUGAAACUUAUAGAUCGAUCCAUCGUUAUCCGAGACAUUGUGCGGCGGAUGAAUUCUAACGACAACCAAUGUGGCAUCGUGACCAACAUCGACAUAGAGUGUGCUGUAAAACUAGUGGGGACCAACUGUGUCUUGUACCCCGUCAACAGUAAAGACCUACAUCACAUCUGGUCUUUCAUGUAUGGGGACUACAUAGCCUACGACUUCUGGCUGGGGAAGGUGUACGACCUGACCAACCACAUCAUCCUCAAGUUGUCCAAUGGAGCCAGGUGUUCCAUGAAUGUGGAGGACGGCGCCAAGCUGUACGACGUCUGUCCACACGUCAGUGACUCGGGUCUGUUCUUCGACGAGGCCUAUGGUUUCUACCCAGGCCAGGUGCUGAUCGGGCCGGCCAAAGUUUUCUCCAAUGUCCAGUGGCUCUCCGGGGUCAAGCCCGUACUCCGCAAGAAGAGCAAAUUCAGGGUGGUGGUCGAAGAGGUCCAGGUGGCGGAGCUGAAGGUGACGUGGAUCACCAAGAGUUACUCCCCCAAGGGCACGGACAGCGUCUACCCCCCUCCGUCCACCAUCUCACAGGAGAACCUCUGCAGAGUGAAGCGUCUGGGCUACUACGACCACACCCAGAGGCAGCUGGGGGAGAGGGCCCUGUACGUGUUCCCAGCCAAGGGAGACACCACACACAUCACCUGUGAGUGGCCCGACGGGGCCCCCGGACUCCCAGAGGACCCCGUAGCCAGGAAGUUGAAAAGAAUGUUCAAGAAGGAGUUGUUAGGGAAGAAGACCAGUGAUAAUGCAGAGACACAAGGUGCAAACCAGCACUCCACCGACAAGACGGACAGCCUUGACGGUGACCUCAAGCCUGACAACACCCAUCCAGACUCCACCACCCUCCCCCGCCCUCACCGCCCCAACCACGCCCUCCAGCCCUCGCCCCUUUGCCCUCCCCCCUCCUCUGACCCAUGGCCCGAGCCCGCGGAGCAGGACGCAGACGACGAGGCGGGGGCGGAGGACACGGACGACACCUUGUCGCUGACGUCGUCAGCGAGCAGCACGGCGUCGUCGCAGAGCAGCGGUCUCGGGGGCCUGAACAGGAAGAAGAGCAUCCCGCUGUCGAUCCGCAACCUGAAGAGGAAGCACAAGAAGAAGAGGACCAAGUUCUCCCGCGAGUUCAAGCCCGGCGACAGGGUGGCGGUAGAGGUGGUGUCCACCAAGACCUCGGCCGACGUCCUCUGGAAGGACGGUCGUAUGGAGACCCUCAUCCGCUCCAACGACCUCAUCCCCAUCCAGCACCUGGACAACCACGAGUUCUGCCCCGGAGACUUUGUUGUCGACAAACGACCCCAAGCCCCUACGGACCCGGGCAUGUACGGGGUCAUCCAGUCGGGCGACCACAAGGGCAGGACGUGUGCCGUGAAGUGGAUCAAACUCAACGCCUCCAGCGACGACGUGGAGGUUAUAGGAGAAGAGGAGGAUGUUAGUGUGUACGACAUCGCCGACCACCCAGACUUCCACUUCCGUACCACUGAUAUCGUCAUCAGGAUAGGGAACUCUGAGAACGGGCGCAAUACAGAUUGCGAGAACGAUACGUCAGUAGGUCAGGUCUUCAGAGUGGACGUGAGCAGCAAGGUGGAGGUGGUGUGGGCCGACAACUCCAUGACCAUCGUCCUGCCACAGCACCUGUACAACGUGGAGUCUGAGAUCGAGGAAACGGACUAUGACUCUUUGGAGGAGAGCAGCAGUGGCCUGUCCACGGAGGAGUGGGAGGACGAGAGCGACAGCUGGGAGACGGACAACGGCCUGACCACCAACGAGGACGACCAGCACCCCGGCAACGACGACACCGCCACCCCGGCCCCCACCCCCACCGGCUCCAGCCCCUUCAUUAUCCCCCUCGAGGAGGGUGGCAAAGCAGGGGCCACCACCCCCACCAAGCCCCCUAACUCCACAGAGGACCUGGAUGGAGCUGGAGCUAUAGCCAGCCCAGGCACCAGUGCUGGAGGAACCACCCCUGGAGCAGGAGGGGGUGAUGCCGCAGAGAAGCUCCCCGGGAAAGAGGGCACGCCGCGGGGCUUCCGCGAGCUCAAGGAGGCCCUGAAAAUCCUGGAGAGCCUGAAGAACAUGACGGUGGAGCAGCUAUGGACCGGCGGCUCGCCUACCUCGCCCACGUCCGGUGCCGUGCCCUCCGCCAACGGGACUAACGCCAACGCCGCAACUGCCAUCACGCCCGAGAAGCCCACCAAGGAGAAACGCUUCCUGGAUGACAUCAAGAAGCUCCAGGAGAACCUGAGGAAGACCCUGGACAAUGUGGCCAUCGUGGAGGAGGAGCGGAUGGAGGCGGUGGUGGAGGCCGUAGGAGGCGGGGCAGGAGGAGGUGGGAGUACAGAAGGAGGGGAAAGAGGGGGCGAAGAAAGGCCCCAGGAGGAGACGGCGAGGACGCCAGGCGCGGCGCCAGAAUGGCCCAGCGAUACGCCUGUUCUGUGCCAACAGAGUGGUGGCAAGCCCGGCGUAACCUUCACCAGUGCCAAGGGAGAGGUGUUUUCUGUGCUGGAGUGGUCACCAGACACCCACACCUUUAAGAAGAUGGAGUUCCAGCCGGCCGAGGCCAAGAAGUUUUUCAGCACUGUGAGGAAGGAGAUGGCUCUGCUGGCCACCUCGCUGCCCGACGGCAUCAUGGUCAAAACCUUCGAGGACCGCAUGGACCUAUUCUCGGCCCUGAUCAAAGGGCCCACGCGCACCCCUUACGAGGACGGCCUGUUCCUGUUCGACAUCCAGCUGCCAAACAUUUACCCGUCGGUGCCGCCCCUCUUCCGCUACCUGUCCCAGUGCAGCGGGCGCCUCAACCCCAACCUCUACGACAACGGCAAGGUCUGCGUCAGCCUGCUGGGCACCUGGAUCGGCAAGGGUACAGAGAGGUGGACCAGCAAGUCUAGCCUGCUGCAAGUGCUCAUCUCCAUCCAAGGCCUGAUCCUGGUCAACGAGCCCUACUACAACGAGGCAGGUUUCGACAGCGACCGGGGCCUGCAGGAGGGCUAUGAGAACAGCCGCUGCUACAACGAGAUGGCCCUCAUCAAGAUGGUGCAGUCCAUGACCCAGCUGCUGCAGACACCCAUAGAGGUGUUCCAGCAGGAGAUCCGGCAGCACUUCACCUCCAGUGGCUGGCGCCUUGUGCACCGCCUGGAGGCCUGGCUGGAGCUCCACGAGCUAGCCGAGAGAGGCCCUCCGCCAAGACCAUCCCGGGACAGGCCUCCCUCAGUGGGGCCUCUGGACGACACCGGGGAUGAAGAGCUGGAGGACUCUGCCCUGAGCCUUUCCACCACCGCCGCCUCCCAGCAGGAGCUCAGCCAGAACUUGGACUGCGACGGCGCCGUCUCGGCCAGUGAGGUGGCCGGGGCGAGUGUGGUGGUCUCCGGGUCGGUUAGGGGGGCCUCCUCGGACUCUGCUGGCGGCAGCCAGCCGGCGGUGCGACCAAAGAAGCGCAGGAAGAGCUACCGGAGCUUCCUGCCCGAGCGGAGCGGAUACCCGGACAUUGGCUUCCCCCUCUUUCCGCUCUCCAAGGGCUUUGUGAAGAGCGUGCGCAGCGUGCUGCUGCAGUACCGAGCCGCCCUGGCCGCCGCCUCCAUCCCCGACCACAUAGAGGACAAGUAAGUGACUAGUGCCUCCCCCAACGCCCUCCUCCUCCUCAAUCCUCAGCCCACCCUCCAAGAGCUGCACUGUGCCCCCAAUUAUCUCCCAAAUAGCCCCCGUACCCUCUGAUCCCCCUUUGCCCAACUGCUGCCCAGUGCCCCUGCCCCUCGGCCAUCUAUCUAGUGCCCUCUUGCCCCUCUCCUCCCCUCCCUCAGACCACUAGAAGCUAACUGGGUGUAUGCGCUUUCCUUCAAUGUCCAGAGGCCAGAUGAGGCGGGACGGGGGGAGUGUCUUAUGGGAGUCUAACCCCCCCCCAUAUCGGACCUUCUGAGCUCUCAUGGACAGCCGGACAAGGAGCGAGAGCCUCGACUGGAAGGCGGCGCCACACGUCUGCCCCUCGUGGGCCCUCCUAGGCCCUGACGGACGAGGGAGGCGGGAGGAAGGGAGAAAGGAAGGAGAGAUGUAGAGAAGCUGGUUUGAUUUUAAAAAGGUGCCAUUGACUUGCAUCGUCUAUAGCUGCUGUAAGGGGUAGUGGAAUUACCUGAAGAGAGACAUUCUUUGGGAAUUGUCACCACAAAUUUGAUUUCUUAGCACAAAUUUAAAAAUGUUACUCUGCUGGGUCAAUUGGAUCUUAAAAAAAAUAAAAUAAUUGAGACUGUUACAGUAGCCAUGGCGUCCUGGAAUCGGCAGGGUCAAAAAGGGCAACCCGGACAGAUUCUCAAAGCUGGGUUUCUCUGAACUACGUUUCCCAGUAUGCCUGGCUCCUUUGACCCUGGAGGGCACCUUUUAGCACUGCUCCUGUGCCCCUUUACCACCCUGCACUCUCCAAUCAACGGACAAUCUCUGCAGGGUUGGGCACCUUUUGACAUGCUGACGUAUUGAGUUUCUUUUUAAAGUAGAUUACUUGUUGUUCGCUUUUUACCCUGCUCCUCUCGUUCUUUCUCGCUCUAGAGACACACCUAACUAUCUGAAUGUUAUAAACUGCCCACCUACAACCGCUCCACUCUGCUAUGUCCUUGCUGGUUUCCUCGCCAAUCGCUCACACCAAAAACAUCUCGUUGCAGAAAUACUUGAGUGACAAGUUUACAUAAAUCACUACUUCUGGACUGUUAUAUAACCUACUAAGCCCUACGGUAUAUCCCUGAGGAGAGACCUGGCUCUAGAAUAGAGGUGUGCAGUUACAUGUAAAAAAUAUAUGAAGGACAGUGUCUCUAGGUAAGGUCAAAUUAGCUCUCUAAUAUCUUUGACUGUAGAAAGUUUCCAUUCUAAGACUUGAUAACUUUGUCACACUGUACAAACGUUUAGUUAUAUCACCCAUUUCUGUCUUAAGACUCAACUUGACAUCUUUUUUUAUUCUACAAGGGAUCAAGGCUAGGUUGAAAAUGUAAUAAUUCAAUGCGGCAGUGUUAGAAAAUAAACACAUUCAUUGGACCAGCAGCGUUGUUGAUUCUACAGGAUUAGCAUUGAAAACGUGACCAGCAGUCGGGAAAUCAAGUUGUGGCUGUAGAUAAUUAGAUUUUUUUUUAAAUGAUUAGAAUGACAGAAACAGUUAUGCUAUGUGUUUGCUGAGUAGUUAGCUGACAUUCACUAUGAUUAUGUUUAUUUUCCCCUUUGAUGGCAAACUUUCUGCACUGCUAACAUUAACUUCCAUUCAUUUUCGCUCUGGCGCUGGUCCAAUUAAUGUUUAUUUUCUAACGCUUCGCCAUGGAAUUAUUACGUUGUCUUAACCUUCUCCAUCUUCAAGGUAGUGAUGUUUUUCCUUCCUUGCAGCUUUCAUUGACCUUUGAGGCUGGUCGUUCAGAAUGGUCCUCCAGAACUAUCCCACAAUCCUCUCUUCUUCUGCUCACUCAUUGGGCUACUACUAGAGGCGGAGCCACAACAGUGCACAUGACGAGUAACAAAACGCUAUCCAUUCCAUCACCACAUGAGUUCUAUCUCAUCUCAACAUGUUGCCUUACUUGAAUUGUUCUUCUUAAUAUAUUAUCAGACCCUAUGUACAGAGCUGCUUGUUACCCCCGCCUGACACCCACUACAUUCACCCCCAUUCCAGUGUUCAGAGGUUGGUCGUCUAACAUCAGAUCUGGGAUCAGUUUUUCCUGGACUUCGGAGGUAGGAAAAAUGUAUACAACUAAUAAUAAAUAAAACAAAAUAUCUGAUCCCAGAUCUGCUUUGAGAAUGGCAACUUCAGCCCAGAAGUUGAAUGGUGAAUUACACCGCUUUAGCCAUUGUAUUCCAAUGUUACUCUCAACUGCUGUUUGUUCAGUGAUGGAGAUUGAUUGAUUGAAGUUUGGAGACCGAGAUUGGGUGUGGAUGCAGAAUGUUUUGAUAAGAUUAUACUUGAUUUUGUUCUUGCCCUUGCCUGGAGCACAAUGGCGUGUCACUGUUUGUCCCCCAAGAUUGGAACACUCUCCCUUUUUAAUUUUCCCAGUUUAAAGGGUGAAUGAGUUACUUUUGACAACAUGGCCCAUGACAUAGUCAUGCUUGUACUUGUGAUAUUACUUUAAUAUUUCUUUAAAUUAUUGCUGGUUCGUUUAUACUUGCUUGAAUUGGGUGAAACAUUGUGUUCCAUUUAUUAACACAGGGAGCUAUUCUCUGUAUGGCCACCAGGGGUCAGUGGUUCCUCUCAUUGUGUGCUCCAAAGAAUGAAAGUAGCCUGGGUCCCAGACCUGUAUGUGCUUUGACCAACUCCUCUGACUAGUAGUUGAUAUAAGCACAAACAGAUCUAGGAUCAAGUGUUUAAAAGGAGUAAUGUGAAAGAAAGUGCAGAGAUUAACGCCACCUGGUUCUUAUAUAGCCUGGUCCCAAAUCUGUUUGUGUGGUCUUUGACAACUUUGCAAGCAUGCACAAACAGAUCUGGAACUGGGCUAGUUCUGAUCGUGCUUCCUGGGUUAUUUGAACAGUCGUUGUUUACAUCCAUCUGGAAUAUAUUAUUAUGCUCAUGCUUUUUGCCAGAUAUUAUACUGUUGGUCCAUUCCCCUUGUGCUUACCUGUGAACUGAAAAACGAGGGAGUUGGCUAAUCCUUUUUGCUUGAAUAAAGAUGCUAAAUGCUUAGUGUUCAUGAGUGUGUGUGUGAGACAGUACAAUGUGCCAUUGUAAAUUAGUUUGAGUGCAAAGCGUGAGACAAACUGAUUAUUGUGAAGAAGAAAAGGACAGGUGAAUGGGAUGUUUUUUUUUGUCCAAUUCCUGUACCAAGCAUGGCAAUCAGGCUUCCAUUACUUCUCUUCCUCGACUUUCUUCCUCUUUUCUCCUUUGCUGCCUGUACAGUAAGCCCUUAAGGACGUUCCUUUGCUCUCCCACUUUAGGCUGCAGUACUUGUAGCGUUGCAGCCUUGGUUGGUUCCCGCAAACCUUCAGUGUUUGCAACCUUAGAUAUCUCUCUCUCUCUCUCUCUCAUGCCCUUGUUUCUCCACUAUUGCAAAAACAGGAAAAAUGUGAAGCCAGGUCUCGAAAGAAAACAUGGAGGAUUUCAAGCACAUAAGUUAUGUACUAUUUUCUGUGUGUUUCUAUUCAGACUUAUUCAUUACUGCGAGAGAUUUCCAGCCAAAGCAUGUAACAUGUUGCUUUAAGCCUUGAACGGACACAAGACUUGACUGUACGAUGUGAACAUUUCCACAGUGGCCUGUAUUGGUAAACUAAUAAACGUAUGAUUUUUAGCCUGAUCCCUCUGUACAGAAGUCAUGAUUAUACUAUAAAUACAUAUUUAACAAACUUGAUCUGUAAGUUGUCAUGUGAACGCUUGGGACAUAUGUAUACAUUUGCUGAUUUCUUUUUUUUCUUGAUUUGUAUUUUUUUUUUACAGUUCCUUUCAUUGCGUUGAGCUGUUUAAAGAGAUGCAUUAAACUUUGCAAGCAGUAUGGUUA